AUGGUCUCGGCAUUCAUUGUCGCCGAAGCCAUUCUGCCGCUGGCGAGCCUGCCUGACUCCGUGUGCCAGCUCAGCUCCCUGGAGACCUUCUUCCUUCUCUCGGCCGACCCGAUCAGCGAGCUGCCAGCAGACUUCUGCUGUCUCACAGCCCUCACCACUCUCUGCCUCGGGGGAGUGGCGCUUCCAGCAGACAUAGGACGCCUGAGUAACCUCCACACGCUGCUUGUGAGAGACAUCUUCAAAGAUCCGCAUCUCCCGUGCUCACUAUCCGAGAUCGCAUCGCUGACGAGGCUUGAGCUGAACGAGUGCAGCGUGGAGUUGCUACCAGAGGGCGUGGGGUCGCUCAGCAGCCUGCGCGAGCUGCACGUCUCGUCCUGCCAUCAACUCACUGCCCUUCCAGCGUCCGUGACGUGCUUGACUGCCCUGGAAGCUCUCUCACUCGCUGACUGCCCAAAUCUGACCUCGGCACCCACAAGGCUGGACGGCUUGACACGGCUCAAGCGGCUGGAGGUGGCCCGUUGUGACAGGCUGACACGGCCUUCUCAAGUCCUGCCGGCGUCCAUUGAAUGCCUGAGUUGGGGAGGUUGCCUGCAUGCGAUGGUUCUGCCAGACGUCUCCACGCUGAUGGGGCUUCGGACGCUUCGCCUGGAAAAGGUUGUGGUGGCGUGCGGGGUCGCUGUGAGCAGGAGCCUAUCGCACCUGGAGCAUUUGCAGCUGAGAUUGGCAUUCUAUGCGGAGGAGCUUCCAUUCGCCUUGACGUUCCUCUCUCGGCUGCGCACGCUGAUUGUUGAGUGCGCGGAGAAGCUCCAAAGGCUGCCGGCCGACAUCGGGGCAGCACUGCCGCAGCUGCGGAAGCUGAGGCUUUUAGAUGUGUACGAGUUGAGGGAGCUGCCAGCGAGUGUGAGUGCGCUGCAGCACCUGACGUCCUUGCGGGUUUACGGUGCACGCAAACUGGCCUCUCUUCCGGAUGACAUGGGUGCCUUAUCCAGGUUGCGCGAGCUGCACCUCAAUUCCUGCAAGCAGCUGGAGCAUCUGCCUGCCUGUCUCACCCAGCUCACCCGCCUGAACGAGCUGACCAUCUCAGGCUGCCCCAUCCGCUCCCUGUGCCCCACCUUGUCCCAGUUCAGGCGGCUCAGAGACCUCUCUUUGUCAUGCUGUGCGCAGCUGGAGGCAUUGCCGGGGGAUUUGAGUGAGCUCAAGGCACUGCGGAUACUGGAUGUGGAAGUGUGUUGGCAAGUGACGGACACAGAUGGGUCUGUGCUCCCCAGGAGCAUCAAUGAGGUGUACGGGCUGAAAAUAUGCACAGCAAGGGCAGAUACUGUAGAUUAUUAA